UAGCACGUGGUUUGGAAUAAAAAAUUCAAAACAAAACAAAGAUGGCCGAUGAUUCGAAUCUUCUUCGGGCUUUUAAUGUGUUUUUAUUCCCGAUUUCUUUUGUUGAGAAGAAUCGAGAAGACUAUUUUACCUAAAAUGAGUGAAAAUACUUUUACCAUACUUUACGGAUCACAAACUGGUCAAGCAAAAGCGAUUGCUGAAGAAAUAUUUGAACAAGCUGAAGGAUUUGAUCUAAAAGCCAAGUUGCUGUGCCUCAGUACUACAGACAAGAAGUUCGCUAUUGAAAAGGAGAAGUGUGUUGUAUUUGUUGUUUCAACAACUGGUGAUGGUGAACCCCCUGACACAGUAACAAAGUUUUGGAGAAGACUUAGAAAGAAAACAUUAGGUUCAACCUUUUUGAAGGGACUUCAUUAUACCUUGCUUGGAUUGGGUGAUACCAACUAUACAAACUUUUGUAAUUGUUCAAAAAACCUCAAUUCUCGUCUUUUGGAUCUCGGAGCAACUCAUUUCUACCCACCAGGUUUUGCAGAUGAUGCUGUUGGGCUUGAGAUCGUUGUUGAACCUUGGAUUGAUGAACUUUGGCCAGCCCUCUUGAGGGAACUAAGUUCAAGCAAACAAAUUUCAGAGAACGAAGACGACUCAUCAAUAAAUGACACUAUGAGUAAGAAUAUGUCAAGUGAAGAAAAACCUCAAACACAAUCAAAUGAAAAUUAUCAAUCGACACUAUCCAAGGAUAUAACAGAUGGUAAAGACACGUCGAGACCUUUAAUGGAUAAAGACGCUUUACAAAAUGACGUAGCAGUGGACAUGAACAAUGCGGAUCAUUCUUGUAUUUUGGAAGAAACAACAGCUCCUGUACAAGAUGAUUACGAAUCAACUCCUUCAUUGAGGAUUUCUAGAGCGCCAUUGUCGGAAUCAGAUUUAAGUAUUCCGAUUUUGCCUGCUGAAUAUUUAUGCGUGUCAUUUACUGACGAAUUCGGAAAGGAUAUUUUAUCUGGUCCUUGGCAAGGCGGAACUGAAUUCACAGGCAGUGCUUCACCCAUAACGGAAGCAAAGAUCGUUGGUUAUUCUCAGAUGACUAAAGACGAUGCAGUGAAGACCGCUUACUGUUUAACAUUAGACACUGGUGAUACUGUCCUUAACUACCACCCCGGGGAUUCUUUUGGAAUCAUUUGUCCCAAUAAUAAAAAUGAAGUCGAUGGUCUCAUCUCUAGGUUAGAUUAUCAAGAUCUAGCGGAGAAGGUAUUCACACUAGCAGCCAAAGAUCCAGUAGGAAACAAAAAACGAGCGAAAGGACGACCAGACCAUAUUCCACAGAAAUGUACUAUAAGACAAGCUUUGACAAGCUGUUUAGAAAUUCGAUCUGUACCACGUAAGGCAUUUCUCAGAGUGUUAUGUGAAUACACGAGUAAUGCUUUAGAAAAACGGCGGUUACAAGAAUUAUGCAGUAAGGAAGGUGCUGCUGAUUAUUCGUCGUAUAUUCGCGAGCCACACGUUUCUUUCAUUGAUAUCUUAAACGCCUUUCCUUCUUGUAAACCUCCCUUUGAAAGACUUCUCGAGCAUCUUCCAAGGUUAUUACCGAGACCAUACUCUGUCGCAUGUUCCCCUUCAGAACAUCCGACGCAUUUGAGAUUCGUAUUUAACAUUGUCAAGUUCACACGUAUUGAGAAUGUAAGAGAUGAGAGAUAUGGCCUCUGUACUGGUUGGCUUCAGGAAUUUUCAAACAAAUUAACAGUAAAGAAUGAGAACAACGAUAAAUCGCUUGAAAGCAAUUUUCGGGAGUUAUCUUUGAGUGAUAAUUUACCAAAGGUUAAUGUAGUUCUUCGUAAUCAUACUGGGUUUCAUCUACCACACGACACACAAUCUCCAUUGAUAAUGAUCGGUCCUGGAACAGGCGUUGCACCUUUUGUUGGAUUCCUUCAGCACAGGCGGCACAUGCAGAGGCAGGCUACAUCGGAAACCAGGUUUGGAGUCACUUGGUUAUUUUAUGGUUGUCGCCAUAAAGAGCGGGAUUUUCUUUUCAGGGAAGAAUUAACAGAGUUUGAAAGAACUGGAGUGUUAACGAAACUCAUUGUUUCAUUCUCUCGUGAUGUCGAUGACUCAGGCAAAACUACUUCGCUUAAAUAUGUACAAGACAAUAUUAGAGCUUGGGAAAAGGAGUUGUGUGAUCUAAUAUGUGAUUCUGGAGCCUUUAUUUUUGUUUGUGGUGACGCAAAGAACAUGGCAAAAAAUGUGUUGGAAACGUUCAUCGAUGUUUUGCAAAGCGUAAAAGGACUUUCACAUGAAGAAGCAAAGAAAGAAAUCUGGAAGUUGCGUCAGGAGCACAGAUAUGUUGAAGAAGUAUGGACAUGAAAUACGCCAGUUUGAUAAUAGUGAUGCAGGAUUGGUUUUAGACAAUUCUCUGUGACAUCACACAUAGAUAUACAUGUAAAAUGUAUACGAGCUUCAGUUGAUAUUGAACAACAAAGUUGCCACAACAUAUUCUCAUUUGUGAAGAAAAUAUGAAUUUUGGAUGAUGGUUAUACUACGGAAUGGAGAAACAAACUCGUUGUAUGUAAGUUUCACCUAUAGUGAAAAUUCGCCUAGUUGAAAAAUGUGGUCUAGACAAUGUCAUUGUUUUUUUAAUCCAA